UUUCACGUUACUUGCCGUUUCAGGUACCCAUCAUUGAUCGAAAAAUUACAACUUGCUAAAAAUAUUAUUAUUGCUUUUCCACAACUGAAAAAUUUAAGAUAUGUUACGGAGAGCCCUGAAGAGUCUUUAUUUUUCUGGAAAAAUGGUGGCAAGGGAUCCGGAGAUGCACACACCGGUCUAAUAGAGAACAGAGCAAAUAAUAUGAGGAAAGAUGUACCGAAAGACGAACGAAAAUAUCGAAAGCAUAUUAAAGAACCUGAUGUUCCUGUAGAUGAGGAUAUAAUCGAGACAGCGCAAAUUUGUGCAGCUCUCACAGCAAAUGCCGAAAAUAUUAAACGUAUUAGCGAUAUGAUGAAACAUUCGUUUGUGUAUCAUCAACGGUUGCUGAAUUCUAAAUCGACUGCAAAUAUUAUAGAAGUGUUUCCACAUAUCCAUAACUUCAAUGGGACAAUGCUUAAUCCCAGUGCUGACAUCUCCGGAACUUUUCGAAAAUGUCUGUUACUAGAAGAAGGAAUCUUCAGUGAAGUGGAAGAUCGAAGCAGAAUGGCUACCAAAUGUACAACUUCCGUCACCACAUCCGUCAAUAAUUUAUUUAUCAGAACAGUGGAAAAAGGGAAAUAUGUUGUUGAAGUAUCUCCAAAGAAAUUCAUCAAGGUGGAUAGAUCGUCAACUGCUCUAGAUAUGCUUUUAAAAAGCUUCGUAGUUCUUGGACUUCGUGUCCCAGCAAGUUUGGCUAAAUUAUAUGACUUCGCAUGCAUUGUAACGUACAAAACAUUACUACAUAGCUCGCGCAAUAAGGUAAAUAGAUUGUGCACAAUGCUGAGUGAAAUGGAUAACGAAAACGAUAACUCAGAAUAA